AAACACUCAAAAAAUUCUAUAAAUAAAGAACAAUUCAUCUUAAUCUAAUCCAAUCUCCUCAUCAAAUGAACAAUGUUCCCAACAAACAGUUCAUCAUCUUUGUAUCUUCAUAAUCACCACCUGUUUUUGCUUCUGUUUCUGAUUCUGUGUUACAUUUUUCAUCUUCCGAAUUCACGCGUUCUUGCAGCAGAAGUACCAGUAGGCUAUGGCUACUCCAUUCAAUCUGUCAACGUUGAUUCCUCCGGCAAGUCAUCAUUGACCGCUCAACUCGGCCUCAUCAAGAAGUCUUCUGUGUUUGGAGCUGAUAUUAGUAGUCUCAAUCUUCUUGCCAGCUUUGAAACCAAAGAGCGCUUGAGAGUUACAAUAACAGAUUCCAAAAACAAAAGAUGGGAAAUCCCUGAAGAAAUCAUUCCCCGCCAAUCUUAUCCUUCUCACCGUUUACCGCCGGAAAACAUCCCAAACUCGCCGGUAAACCUCAUGCUUUCAGACCCCACUUCAGAUUUAGUUUUCACCCUCCAUAACACCACCCCAUUUGGCUUUACCGUGUCGCGGCAGUCCUCUGGUGAAAUCCUCUUUGACACCUCUCCCAGCCCUGCAAAUUCAGACACUUUCUUGGUGUUUAAGGAUCAAUACAUUCAAUUCUCAUCUUCAUUGCCGAAAGAGAGGGCUUCUCUUUAUGGACUUGGGGAGCACACAAAGAGGUCCUUCAAGUUGACUCCUAAUGAGGCCUUAACUUUGUGGAAUUCCGGCACAGGAUCUUCGAAUCUGGAUAUUAAUCUCUAUGGCUCUCACCCGUUUUACAUUGAUGUCAGAUCCCCUCAAGGGACAACUCAUGGUGUUUUGCUCCUUAACAGUAAUGGCAUGGAUGUCGUCUAUACCGGUGAUCGGAUAACUUAUAAGGUUAUUGGAGGCAUUAUUGACUUGUAUUUCUUCGCUGGACCCUUGCCCGAUACAGUGAUACAACAGUAUACAGAGCUGAUCGGCCGGCCUACCCCUAUGCCGUAUUGGUCCUUUGGAUUUCAUCAGUGUCGGUGGGGUUACAAAAAUGUGUCUGACGUUGAGUCUGUGGUUGCUGGCUAUGCAAAAGCUCAUAUCCCUCUUGAAGUCAUGUGGACUGAUAUCGAUUACAUGGAUGCAUAUAAAGAUUUCACUCUUGAUCCCAUCAACUUUCCAGUAGAGCCAAUGAAAAAAUUUGUUGAUACACUUCACCAAAAUGGUCAGAGAUAUGUGCUCAUCUUGGAUCCUGGUAUCAGUGUGAAUAAGACCUAUGGAACCUUCAUUAGAGGGAUGAAAGCUGAUAUCUUUAUAAAACGCGACGGUGUUCCUUACUUGGGAAGUGUUUGGCCUGGACCAGUCUACUUUCCUGACUUUGUAAAUCCAGCUGCUGGAACCUUUUGGGAAGGAGAGAUCAAACUAUUUCGACAUAUUCUCCCAAUGGAUGGUCUUUGGCUUGACAUGAAUGAGAUUUCUAAUUUCAUCACGUCCCCUCCAAUCCCAUCUUCUACCCUUGAUAAUCCCCCCUACAAGAUAAACAACAAAGGAAUGCGACGACCAAUUAACAAUAAAACCACUCCAGCAACAGCACUGCAUUUUGGUAACAUCACCGAAUAUAAUUCCCAUAACCUUUAUGGACUCCUGGAAGCCAAAGCUACACAUUCUGCCUUGAUCAAAGUUAUUGGUAAAAGACCUUUUAUACUCUCUAGAUCAACUUUUGUAAGCUCGGGAAAGUACACAGCACAUUGGACUGGAGAUAAUGCUGCCACAUGGAAUGAUUUGGCAUACACAGUUCCAUCCAUAUUGAAUUUUGGGCUCUUCGGAAUUCCAAUGGUUGGAGCUGAUAUCUGUGGCUAUUCUGGAGAUACAAAUGAAGAACUCUGCCGGCGAUGGAUUCAGCUAGGUGCCUUUUACCCAUUUGCAAGAGAUCAUUCUGAUAAGUCUGCAAGGCGUCAAGAGCUCUAUCUUUGGGAUUCAGUUGCAGCAUCAGCAAGGAAAGUGCUUGGGCUGCGGUACAGACUCCUCCCUUACUUCUACACAUUAAUGUAUGAAGCACAUACGAAAGGGACCCCCAUUGCACGACCCCUUUUCUUCUCUUUCCCUCAAGAUGCCAAAACUUAUGGAAUCAAUACACAAUUUCUGAUAGGCAAAGGCGUAAUGGUAUCACCUGUAGUAAAGCCCAGAGCAGUUUCAGUUGAUGCCUAUUUCCCAGGAGGACAUUGGUUUGAUCUCUUCAACUACUCAAACUCGGUAAGUUCAAAUUCCGGAAAGCAAGUUACUCUUGCUGCACCAUCUGAUCACAUAAAUGUGCACAUUCGAGAAGGUAACAUUUUGGCCUUGCAAGGAGAGGCCAUGACAACCACAGCAGCCCGGAAAACACCAUUCGAACUCUUAGUGGUUGUCAGCAGCAAAGAAAAUAGCACUGGAGAAGUUUUCUUAGAUGAUGGAGAAGAGCUGGGCAUGGGAGAAGAGGGAGGCAAAUGGACUUUGGUCAGGUUUUACAGCGAACUAGUAAAGAACAAUCUCACUGUUAGAUCAGAAGUUCUGAACAGCGAUUUUGCUUUGAGUCAGAAGUGGAUAAUAAAAAAAGUAACCAUCAUCGGAGUAGAAAAGAUUCAGAGAUCGAAGAAUCAUGAACUGAAAAUUACCAUGGGAACAAAGCUGAUUGCGAACAUGGUAGCUAAGGCAAGUAGAAAUAACAAUCCCCAUUUUGGUACACUAGAAAUCCCAGAUCUUUCACUACCAAUAGGAAAAGAUUUCAAGCUGGAACUGGAACUCAACAAGUGACUAAAAAGCUCUUAAAGAGCAAAUAUUAUAGACAUAAAAUAAAAUGCAACCAAAAUAAUGCAGAUUUACUAUAGAUCUCACUCAGGGUUAUGAAUACUAUUCUCUUUUUUCUCAGGAGCCUUGUGGCUGAUUUUCA